UGUCUGUGUACAUACUGUACUUUCCAUUACUUUGCUGAAGGAUUGGGUUGUCACCCAGUGGCCCGAGAACAAAAUGUGAAGAAUUGGCACACCUGGCUACCCGUCCGGCUACCCAUCCUUCCCGUAUAAUAACCCUGAUGUGUUAUCAAUGUCUGUCAGACACAGAGGAAUAGUAACAGCUCGAUCAGCUGUGCUGUUUUACACUGAACACUGUUCAUCGCUUACCUGAACUGAACGACUGAUCACCCAGAGACAACAUGAAGCUGGAGCUGCUGGUGGUGUUGGCUGUAGCAACCCUGGCUCCCAGCCUGUCCGAGGGGCUGCUGCUCUCCAAAUGUGAGCUGAAGAACAAACUGGCAGAGGCUGCUGACCAAUUCAAUAUGAAUGAGAAAAAUGCAGCAAAGGGUGUCGAACUGGACGACGUCUUGGCCAAAAUUAUCUGCAGUUUGGACCUAAAGUCUAGCUUAAACACCAGCCUUGUGACCAACCUUGUCCUGCGCAAACCUAUCCUGCAUAAACCCAAAAGGCACCCCAUCAGCAGGAGACCUGUGAGACUGUUCGGGUGCAAACGUCCAGGUAGAGAUGUUGAGUCGAAGGAAGAUGGAGUCAGUUCUGAGGGAGAAGAGGACAAGCCGAGACCUAAUGGGAAGCCUGGGGGAAUGAGCCCAAGACCUAUAGGAAAGCGCGGGGGAAUGCAACCAAAACCUAUUGGGGAAACAGAGGGAGUGAGCCCAAGAUCAGAGAGGACUGAGGGGAAGAGACCGAGACCGAGACCGGGACCAAGACCAGGGAGUCCUGCGAGAAGAAGGAACAAGCGUGAGGCCGAGGAGUCCACUGGUGAUGAGGAAGAACAUGACAAAGUUGAGGCGCAAGAAAGCAAAGCGGCUAAGGAGGAAGAGUUUGGCGGCUAUGAGGACGAGGGUGAUGAAGAUGAGGUUGACGAGGAUGAGCUGGACGAGGAGGACCUGGAAAAGUUAGAGGCGGAGCUGGACGAGCAAGAAGGAGAGGAACUGAAUGAAAGAAAGGGGAACAGGAGGAAGAGACACAUCCCAAAGCAGUUCAGAGGUCACGGACACAGCCGCAAGCCAUCGCCACGUAAGCCGAUGCGCAAGCCAUUCAGGCCAUUCAAGCCAAUCAAGACCCUGUCCUUCAGCUUUUUUGGUCUCUUCCAGCUGAGCAAUCGCCUCGCCUGCGUCUCCUCCAACACCACUCGCUCUCUCAAUCUCUGUAAGACAGAGUGCAGCUCCUUCGUUGAUGAUGACAUCCGUGAUGACAUUGCCUGCUUUGUGAAGUCUCAUGCCUGGAUGAAGGCUCUGAGGUUCCCAUCGAAAUGUGCCAAGCUGCAAUACUAUGAGUACUUUGAGUGUGACCAACCACUUAACAGUACUAUGAGUACUUUGCAAACAACAACAGGGCAUUUUCCUUCCUUCUCUGAAUUUUUAUCUUCUGCUAAAAGCGCCACUUAGCAGAUAUGCUACUUUCCAUCAUUCUAGAUGGUGUGCUAGGAAGGAUUUGAGCCCGUUUUCCUUGGGACAACAAGUGCCUCCUAUAGACAUUAGGCAACAAUAUCCCAUUCUCGUUCUCUCCUCCAACUUUUUAUCUUCUGCUAAAAGCGCCACUUAGCAGAUAUGCUACUUUCCAUCAUUCUAGAUGGUGUGCUAGGAAGGAUUUGAGCCCGUUUUCCUUGGGACAACAAGUGCCUCCUAUAGACAUUAGGCAACAAUAUCCCAUUCUCGUUCUCUCCUCCAACUGUCCAACUACCACCAGUAAGGAAGUUCAAUUGAACAGAUGCCAUUUUGUUGAAAAUGUCUCCUUUGUUGCUUGGUAACAUUUCCUUCUUUGAAAAACCAAAAUACAUAAAAUGAUCAUAAAGAC